CGCAGCCUACUCCGGGCGCGGCGCCGGCUUGCUGCCACUGCCCCGCCAUGGAAGACACGCCGUUGGUGAUAUCAAAACAGAAGACGGAGGUGGUGUGCGGGGUCCCCACCCAAGUGGUGUGCACGGCCUUCAGCAGUCACAUCCUGGUGGUGGUGACCCAGUUCGGGAAGAUGGGUACCUUGGUCUCCCUGGAGCCCAGCAGCGUGGCCAGUGACGUCAGCAAGCCUGUGCUCACCACGAAAGUCCUUCUGGGGCAGGAUGAGCCUCUCAUCCAUGUCUUUGCAAAGAACCUGGUAGCAUUUGUGUCUCAAGAAGCUGGAAACAGAGCCGUCCUCCUUGCCGUGGCUGUGAAGGACAAAAGCAUGGAGGGGCUGAAGGCGCUGAGGGAGGUGAUCCGGGUGUGCCAGGUGUGGUGACCUGGAGGCAACAGCCCCGCACUGCUCAGCAGGACACAUGAGGACCCAGACACCCACUCAGGGACUCAAGUCUCGCCUCCCUCCCCGGUGGAGGGAGGAACUUUGUCUGGCACUAGCCCUUGGAGCCAGGAAAAAAUAUUCGUGUCUCAGGCAGACUCUUACUCUGGUUACUAAGAUCAUCUGUGCAUGACGGGGAGGGUGGAACGGGUGCCAGAGGAGUCGUGAAUGGAUCUCACUGGGACCUGAAACGUGCUUGUGUUUGAGAAUUGGAGGAAUGAGUCAGCAGGCGUGGCUCAUGGCCCCCCGUGUACGGGAUCAAUUGUGGGAGGAAAUUUCUUUUUUAUUAAAAGCAAAUGUGUAUCCCAAAA